AUGGGAUGGAGGUCAUUUCAGUGUCAAUCUCGGAUAGGAGAAUCGGGAUGGGAUGACACGGAAUGUGAGUUUUUGAGAACACGUUCAAAUCAUACCGGACCCAAACUGGACCGCCUGAUACAAAGUUUACAAACAAUUAAGAAUCAAGAGUUUGUUUAUACACUUUGGGGCUUUCCUUUUCCACCGGUUUUAUACACUUUGGGGAGAGAGAGAGAGAGAGAGAGAGAGAGAGAGAGAGGAGAAGAAAAGAGAAGAAUAAAGGGAAGGAAAGGAGACGAGAAGGGAGACAGAGGAAACAAAGCUGGAGUCGAAAUGUUUGUGGGAGAUGAGGAAUUUGAAAUUGGGGUUUAUUAUUUAUUUGGUACUUUUCAGUACGGUAUGACACCAAACGGGAUCACAAAUUUGGAAUCGAUGUUGUGCCAAACAGUAAUGGGAUGA